AUGUCCCCAAUUCCUGAACUCUACAACGAAAAGUGCCAUUGUGCUGGAUAUAGUCAGAACGAUCUCAUCUAUAGUUUUGUUGCCAGAAGAACUGCUCAACGUCAUAACAAAAGGAUAUUAACCAAGUGUUAUAUUCUAAAUGCAGCUAUCUUAACCAAUCAACCCGGAGCCCUGAAAGAAUCGUAUACUAAGACAAACUCACCUGUUUGGGAAGGAGCUUCAAUGUCUGACACUGAAGACGUUUCCGUUACUAAUGACGUGAUCAGCAAUGACAACAAUGAUGACAGUGGAAGCAACAGCAAUGAAAUCAAUGAAGACAAAAGCGAAGACAAUGUUAUUGAGCUUGACAACAAUGAAUUGAAUAGUGAAGACCCUUUUGCCACCCCUGAUAUGCCCCAGAACCCAGUGCACAGGUUCAUUGCUACUUUUGUGGUGAUGUUUGCUUCCUGCUAUGUGGUUGACAAGGGUGCCGUUGUCUUGAUCGAGUUCAUCAACAAGCUUUUGACAAUUUACAAGCAGGAUUUCCAACUGCCCUUGAGCCUUCCUGAUCUUCAGCGCAUGACAGGUUUCUCAGCCAUGACCAAAGGCAUAAAGAAAUUUGUUUUGCAGUUGCAUCACCUUGGAUAUCUUAAUCUAGUACGUGGAACGAUCAUUGAUCCCAUACAUAAUUUAUUCCUGGGAACGCCUAAAAGAUUGAUGAAUCGUUGGAUCAAAGAUGAAGACAUUCAAGAUAGCGAUUUUGCGGCAAUGCAGAAAAUUGCAGAAACAAUGAUUGUGCCUGGUGGAUACACCUCUUUGAACUCGAAAAUAGGAAAGCAGUUUUUGUAUAUGAAGGCAGACAAGUUGAAAUUCAAAAACUGGAUUAACUUUGUUGAUGCACGCUGCCUGUUGAUCAAGCCAACAAUCACGUUCAAUGAAGUCAACACUGCCCAUCAGUUUCUUCAAACUUUUUGCACCAGAUAUGACGAGCUGUACAACGCCAAAAUCCUCACCUGUAAUAUGCACCUACACCUCCAUCUUCAAAAUACAAUUUGUGAUUUUGGACCAGUGUACGGUUAUUGGCUAUUUGGGUUUGAGCGAUUUAAUGAGUUGUUAAAAAAUUUGAAGACAAACAGAAAGAUUGGGUUUAAAGAAACAUUUAUGAAGAUAUUUAUUGAAGAUGUGCACAAAGACGAUCUUGUCAAAAGUUUCCUUCAGAGUACCCACCAGACAUCUGCAUUUCCUCUCCUUACCAAACUCAUUUCUUCCUUUACACCCGCCACCAUUUCAUCCAUCCAUCAAUGUACCUUCCGCAUACAGUCAUUUGUCAAGGCUUCUAAAGAUCCAAAUGUACUUGUAAAAGACAACGAACCUCUCCCUCCUUCCGCAUUCCCUCUAUCAUUAAAAUCUGCUACCACAAUGAGUGACAUUCACUAUGUUCAUCUCUUACAAUACUACAAAGUUGCAUACAACAAUGAACAAUUAGUUCACUUUCAACAAGCGUCGGAAUCACCAUACUUUGUCAACAAUACAAUCACCCUGUUGAAAUACAUCAACAUCCUUGGGCAGGUCUACAAGGGUAAAGGUGAAUCUGGAAGUCAUGGCUCUCUUGUACAAGCAAAGUUCAUUGGAAGUACUAGUGAGCAUAUCAUAGUAUACACGGAGUACGAAUACAUUGAAAUCUGCUUUCCAACAUUUUCUCUUGACGAUUUCCAAUGUGUAUUGCCAGUGCAUGGAAUUAUGUUAGAAGUAGCAACUGCUAAGUACACAACACGCAGAAAAGUAAAAAAGAUGCUGGUCAUUCCUUUGCCAAAAAAACAAUACAUUUAA